AUGGCGGCAUACCAGCUUCCCGUAGCAGUAUUGGCUUGUGUGUUGGUGCUGGGGACUGUAGGCUCCGUCCAAGCCCAAAACGCUCCCCAGGACUACCUGGAUGUCCACAACACAGCCCGCUCUGCGGUCGGGGUCGGCCCAAUAGCGUGGAAUGCUACCUUGGCUGCCUACGCACAGAAUUAUGCCAAUCAGAGGAUAGGCGACUGCCAACUUGUGCAUUCCGGCGGACCAUAUGGCGAGAACCUCUUCUGGGGGAGCGGAAAAGAGUGGACAGCUCGCGAGGCAGUCCAAUUGUGGGUCGACGAGAAGCAGUAUUACAACUAUACCACCAAUACCUGCGCGACGGGGAAGGUAUGCGGGCACUACACGCAGGUGGUUUGGCACAAAUCUUCAAACCUCGGCUGCGCUCGCGUUAAGUGCAACAGCAGGGCCAUCUUUAUCACAUGCAACUAUAGUCCCCGCGGCAACAUCAUUGGCCAGCGGCCUUACUAG